GAUGUCCCGUUGUUACGUCUUCCCUUUUAUAUCCUCCCCUUUCAUCAGGAGUCCCCUCCACAGCUGCGAGUGUAACUCGAUUUAGAGUGAAACUAGGUGGUGAAGUGGUAGUGGUUAGGGGCGGUUUGGGAAAGGGCCACAGACAGAAUUUAUAGAUAUUUUGUAGCCAGUUGGGAAACCACGCCCCCUUCACUGUCCUGAUUGUACGUCGGAUUUCCCAUACACUCCUAGCGUUUGCUGCACCGGGGGAUGGAGUAAACGGAAAAGACAACAUGGAUCCAGGUGAAGAAACCCCCAGCAAAACUGUCGACAUCUAUCGCGACACAUGGGUCCGCUUCCUCGGCUAUUCCAAUGAAGUCGGGGAGGCCUUUCGUGCUCUGGUGCCAGUGAGUUUUGUAUGGGGCAGCUAUGCUGUUGCCACUGCAUACGUUACUGCUGAUGCUGUGGACAAAGGGAAGAAAGCAGCUGCGGCCCACGGGGACAACCCAGGGAGGACGACACGUGUUGGCGUAGCAGUGGUGGACACGUUUGUGUGGCAGGCCCUCGCCUCAGUGAUCAUCCCAGGCUUCACCAUUAACCGCGUGUGCGCUGCGUCACUCUACCUGCUGGGCAGAACCACCAAGUGGCCUCUGUCUGUCCGCAAGUGGACAACGACGGCUAUCGGCCUCUCCACCAUCCCCUUCAUCAUCACCCCAAUAGACAGGUCGGUGGAUUACCUGCUGGACUCGAGUCUCCGGAAAGUCUACAAUGAGGACGAGAAGCACCAAUAAAGAGGAGCCGUGCUGGACACACGCCCCUUCCCGGUUGAGAGACCAGUCGAGUCUACGCAAACCUGUGCUGUUGAUCCACCACUGUGAAGCACUCAGGACUUGUAAAGAAGGGAUUCGUGGAGUAAGAUUUCACAGUUAGUCAUGCUAAAGUAUUUCAUGUCUCAAUUUAAAUUCUUCAUCGGUAGGUUUAGUUGUUAAGAGUGAAAUCCUGCUUUGUGAUGCUGUAUAUUAACCUUAACCCGUAACCUCUCAGGGCAAUCUGGGUAGUGUUUAAAUAGGAAUGUAACCCUAUGUGCAGGGAUACUGUAUACUGUUAUAUUCCUGUGAUCAUGAAUACAGACGAAGCCUCCAAGGUUGCCCUCAUGGGCUAGAGUUAUGAGCUGAUUCUCUGUCUGAUAGAGCCACAAAGUCAGAACAGACAGUCACAAAGUCAAGAAAUUAAUUACAAAUCCGCCAUAUUCAUUACUGUAAUGGCCAAUUAGCCACAAUGCUCCUCUUAUUCAUUUCGUACUGUCACAGUUUUUUGUCAUUGUUUCUUUCUGUUACUUAGAUGUUUUUAAAAGUGUCUUUCCAUUGUUUCACUCUACCUUAUUACUGUUGGUCAAGGGACUGUCAAGAUUUGCACUGGCGGCAUUUUACAGCAUGUUACAAUCCAUAUGAGUCUUUAUUUAAUGUGUAGUAUUGGUUCUAAUAAACUGUUACAAAUACAGAAUCAAAAGACAUUUGGUAUAAAGUACAGUAACGUCUUUUAUUGCAAUAAGAAACGCUGUCAGAGCCACUCGGCUACAGGUUAUCGUGAGAGAGUUCGGCUAAGUUACAACUGAAAAGUAGUCAACGCAAUUUCUAGAUAAUGUGUAAGCCAUAGUUGUAUAAAGUGAACGUGAACAGUUUUUCCUCCUUGACGCAGAAAGUUAAUAUCAAGUAUAAGUACAUUAAAUUCAGUGGUGCACUUCUCAAAUACUUGUGAAGGUCAGUGUAAUAUCUAUGCAGGGAUUGGUUUAAGGGACUCUUUUAGCAAUACACAGAUAGUAUCUUUAUGUUAUUGCCAAAAAAUAUAUAUAUACUGUAUUUAAUGCUGAACUAUGCAAGAAAAAAAAUACAAGUGUUUUGCAAAGGGAUUUUUGUUUAGUUUUUGUGUCUUUUAGCAUUUUCUUUUUCAUUUGUCACAUCAUGUAUCUGUGCUAUGUUAACUUUCUUGUGGAGAAAGACGCUGAAAAGAGAAUAUCUACAUGCUGGUGGUUAAUGCUUAUUCAGUAGCUCUUAAUCUGGUUAUAAGGCUACUUAAAUUGUCAUAUAUAUAUACAGUAUAUAUUUUUAUUGGCUCUUAAAAGGAAUGAAACAUGUGUCCUCAGGGUUGCAGUGAAUGUAGCUUUCGAUAUGAUCAUCCACAAAUGUAACGUUGUUUUUGACUUGUAUAAGGACAGUUGGACUUGUCGAGCAGGAAAAGCACAAUAACAUGUACUGAAGAUUACAGUAGCAAUACCUUAUUGGAUUAUUAAUGAAACAAUUGCUUUUUCAGCUAAGACAUGUCAACAUAUACAGUAUAUAUUUAAUCAUAUUUGAUGUUAACAUUUCAGAUUUCACAUACAAUUCUGCCGUCACUUUUAUUGCUGCAAAAGAUAAAGUAGUUGACUUUUUUUUUCGUCUUCACUCUCUUGAUGUUUUUUUGUGUGACAGUGUUUUUCGGAAGUGGGUUCAAAAUGAGUCACGUUUCAAACGUUUCAAAGUAUCAAACCUCAAGCUGAGUUUCAUGUGCUGAUCUUACAAAAAAGGAUGGAGAUUAUUUUUCAUAUGUGAAAGUUUCUGUUGAAAGCUGAAGCCUCGUGCUUUACGCCUAAUAUUCAGUAACACUCCCUAUCCUGCAACGUGUGAGACACUGGAGAACAACAACUUGUGAAUCUGUCGUGAAAUAAAUAAAUUAUAUGGUUGAAAGAAA